GGAAGACAGGACGUGGGGGUUGACAAUAACAUGGCGACCUUUUUCCGAGGGACUGUCAGUGACAUACAUACCUUUGUAGCUAAUGCUAUCUCUACUACUAUUGGGGUGUGGCCUUCUGUCCUGAUAACGCAGGAUGGCACUGCGUGCCCGGUGUGACCAUGAAACCGGCUAUUGUGAUUCACCCUGGGGCAGAAUGGCUAGAACUGUCUUGGUGGAGCCGGGUCAAGCAUGAUGAUGAUGAAGCUUCCCAUGACGAUGCGGCCGGUGAAACAGACAAUAAUGUCGCCGAGAACCACUGCUGCGAGACUACAAGGGUUGACAGAAGUUUCCGAUUGCGAGGGUAUACUGAUGGCUUCCCGGGGGGUGGUGGCCACCAACAAGGUGUAGAAGUCUAGAAGAAAGUGAUGACAAACAGGAUCAAUGCAAGACAGUGUUUUAGCAACGGAAAUAAACGUUCAGCUGACCGGCAGAGGUUUCUGGCAAGGACAAAUCGAAAGGCGCCCACCGG